AUGGCGACGCCGACGCGAUCACAGACUGUCUCGACCCCCAAACCACAACUCUCCACACCUAAUAAGCUGAUGGCCUCGCCCCGUCCUGGGACCUCUGGCAAUUCUGGUCGACCUUUGGCCUACAAGUCGCCCGCAGUCAAAACUCCAGCCUCUCUUCACGGCCACGCCCAGCACUUCAGUGUCUCCUCCCAACCCUCCUCUACCCCUGCCGCUGUAGGAGCCAUUCAAGACGACCUUCUCGCACUCAACUCACCUGCUGCAGCACUUAUGGCCUCACUGGGUCCGACGGGUAUGACACCCUUGCCCAGUGGUACAGAUGGGCUCGGUAUCACGGCCACCAUGCAUAGCACCUCUGUCAGAGGGGCGCCUGCUUCCGUGCAUCCAGAUCUGGAACGCUUUCACCGAGCGCAGCUAGUCGUGGAAAUGCUCAAGAAACGGGUGGCAGGUCGGGGCAUCACACGUGAAGGAGUGGAAAGAAUAGCCCAAAUACAAGGCUUUACAACCCUGUGGGACGAUGAGAAUCUUACAAUUGCAGGCAACGCUGUUGACCUGGAAGUCAUCUUUGAUGCUAUUGAUCGUGACCGCGUUACGGAGGUCAGUCUCAAACUCAAUACUCCCCAGAACGACGAACCUCAACCGCAAGACCGGGCCUCGGAGAUCCUGAAGGACAAUCUGACACCCUCGAACAUACUUCAAGGGUUUCCACAAUGGACAAGCCUUGACACCUUUGAGUCCAACCUGCAGUAUCUCAGCCAACUUGAUCAUAUCGAAGAGGGGGCGCCGUGUUUCGAAGCCGUCAACGGCCUGUAUGAUGCUUUUCAGAAAAUCUGGAAUGCUGAGCGAGAGCGUUUUGGUGGGCGAACAACUCGACAGCACCUCAGGCGCAGUGCUGUAGGCAGACCAUCCCUCGACCGAAAGCCUAUGCUUGGACUGGCUCUGGAUUACUGGCGUGCCAGAGAAGACUCUCGGCAGGCGUCGGCGGAGGACGAAACCGAAACUGGCGACGAUUUACCUUCCCACCUCUAUACGGCAAGGAUAUCUUGCGAGCCAGGAUCACCAUCGACGGUACUGGCGAAGCAAUGGGUAUCAGACCAUGGUCUUGCACCGACUGGGCCCGCGGUCGAUGACAACGAAGCAGAGCUGGUCACACCCGACUGGCAAGACGCCGUUCAUGACAUGAAUGACUCCAAUGGAAUCACCAAGGCUGAUUCGGACAAACCACCUGAUCUGUCAUCAACUGUUCUGGACAUGCAUUUCGUCGGUCACCUGCUGCCCGAAGUCUACCUCCCUCUCAAUGUUGCUGCCCGCCUGAAUCUGGAUCUCACCAUGGUAGAGUUGAAGCAAGAGCUCACUGUGACCUAUCAGGCAGCCCUACAAAAACACUUCAAUGCGAGCCAAACUGACAGCGCCAGCGCUUCGCAAGAGAGAUGGCCUAGGACCCUGCCGGUGUUAGACGAGAAAGAGUCGUCGCAUUUCCGUCAACACUCCUAUGCACUACAUUCCGCCCAACACGCGGCCGCUCUCUGGUGUUAUCCUGUGAAACAACUGAAGUUCACUCACCCGCGACAACUGGCGGCCGUUAUUCCUGUCCUUCGCCAAUAUGUCCUCCUCUGGAGUAUGAUGCGAAGUCUCGUGGAUUAUGGAGCCACUGAGCGAAGCAACAAGUCCGCGUCUUCGGUGCUGAAUGUUCAAACAACGACCGAUCGUCCUCUCAAACGUAGCAAUGUCAAAGGCGUGAGCUCCAAGUCUAAAGCUUCACCGAAUUCGAAGACAAUCCUGACGGACGACCAAGUGUUACCGGUUGACUUGAGUCUGGAUGUUAUCUCUGAUGUCUCGAAGGCAAGACUUGAUAUCAUUGUUCCAUUGCUGGGUCCCCUUGCGAAAGGAAAACAGAGCCCCUUUGUCUCGGUGUCUUUAUAUGUCUGUCAGGGCGGCGAAAUCGAGGUCAAUCACGUCCGCGGUCUGCACACUGACGAUUCUCAACUAAGGAGCAAGAUCGUCCGUAAUCUGACAGCUACGGAAGAUAUCGGCCUCCUUGUCGAAUGGCUUCUGGAGAAAGCUCGCGCGUAG